AUGAGCUUAGUGGCUCUCGCACUAUUCUUUUCAUUGCUUUCAACGGUAUCGCCACAAAGGAUAAAAAUGCGUCCACCCGGCAGCUAUGUCGGAGUCUCGACCGUCUCGCCAGACCAGAUAAAAAUGCGUCCACCGAACUUUGUAGCGGGACCAAUAACUUUCAAAAGGGUCAUGGGAAGAGUGAUCCAUGCAUUAGCAAAUCCUGUAAACUGGUUUAAGCCCCUGCCCCAAGUUAUUUUGGAAGAAGCGGACAAGCUGCAGCAACCUCGGUUUGGAUGAAGAUGAAGAAAUCCGUUUUUGGCUCAUAACGCUAGCGUUCCUGUUAUUG